GAUGGCUCCGCUCCAGCUCGACGCUAUUUUCGGUGUCAAGAAAUCUGGUUCCGUAGCCAACACCCUCAGUCUGGAGACCGAAAUGGAGAUCCGAAGCCCGGACGAGACGAUCAACAUGGGACUCACGUCGUCGGCGAAGAUUUCCCUCUGGCAACGAAGCAACAAGGUCGACAUCGAGACCACCGUCAAUUCUUCCGGAAGAACGUCGACGAUCGUUUUCAAGAACGUUCUCGACGCGACAUCGUGGAGCAUCGAUUGGCGUUACCGAGGAGCCAGGCAACCCGAGCAGCGCAUCCUCAGCUCUGGGACCUACAACCUCGAGCUUCCGAAACUCCACCUCCGCGGAGUGUUCGAAAUGGACAUGCGCCCUCUGGGAGAGCGCUUCGUGAUCGAGCCCGUGGCUCUUAACUCCGAGCUCAUGCUCCACCAGAACGAAAUCGGUUUCCUGACCGAGCUCAGCGAGAACACCAAGGACACCAUCCUCCGCGUGGCUGCGAAGGCCAUCAACGAGCGAGCCCAUAAGCAGCUCGACCUCGACCUCAACAUCAGGGGCAAACCGUACCACGGUCGAAUUCAGAUCGACGGACAGGACCUGGGAUCGGGAUGGUCUCUCAACGUGGAUACCAGGAACGGCGACAAGUCGUUCGGAGCGAGAGGAGGCCUCCGCCUUGAAGGGAACUCCUUCUCCGCCAAUGUGGACCUCGAGUCGUCCUACCCGGAGUUCUCAAACGCCAAGCUCCUCCUCCAGAGCCAGAACGUCAAACCCGGCAGCCUGCUCCUCAACGCCGAAUACGCUCUCGGAAAGCACUUCAUGAAAGCUGAGGCGACCGCCACCUCGAGACUCCUCGAAGCCGACGUUCGCAGCUCGUUCGAAGACUGGAAGAACGUCAAGCUUUCGGCCGCGUGGAAGCUCGAACCGAAAAUCAACGUUGUCGUCAACUUCUCGACAGUCAAAAUGGCGAACAACGUCCUUGACGUCGAAGUCGAUCCCCGCGACGGACUCACCGCCCGAGCGCGUGUCACCGUUCCGACGAUGUACAACGGCAACCUCCUCGAAGGGAACUUCAGGUUCUCGAACGGCAAGGGACGACUCGAUGUUCUCCACCGUGGAGUCCAGAAAGCCAGGCUCGUGUUCGACGUCAAGAACGACGGUGUCUUCAAGAGUCUCGCAUCCGUCCUCUCCUACGACAUCGAUGGCGUUUCCGAUCGGUGGAAUUUCGAUUUCGGACUCGAGAACGACGCAAGGAAGGUCUACGACGCCAAGGUGAAGCUCGCGAAGAAUUCGAAUCUGAUUUUCGAAGUCAGCUAUCUGGGUGCCUUGAGCCUCGAGAACGGUGUUCUCCUCAAGAACCGAAUGGAAGUUCAGACGGUGAUCCCCGGAUUCUGGAGGAGGGCCUACGUUUUGAACGAAGUCGUCGCCAACUCGGAGAACUUGCGCUCCCGUCACGAAAUGGGAAAGUCCGCCAAGGACGUCCAGUACAGCAUCGACGUUUCCGGAAAGCUCGUCAACGAGCGCGACUCGUUCGCCUUGGAAGGAAAGCUCGACGGUCGAUGGGAACGUUCGCUCCGAGGAUCCGUCUCGGGUGAGCUCAAGAGCGACAAGAAGAACACCAUCGCGUUCGAGAGCCGAGUCGAGUCGAACCGAGCCCCUGUCUGCUCGAGCAAGUUGACGCUCGCCCGUCGGCGGCGCCUCGUCGAACUCGAGGCGAGCUGGGAAGCGCCCCGUAUGACGCAGGGCAUGUUGUUGAACAUGAGGUCCGGGAUCGAGGACAACGACGCUUUCGUCUUUGACACCAAGCUCGAGAGGGAUCAAGCGGCGGAGAAGACCACCGAACUCUCGGUUCGGGUUCCCCUCCAGCUGAGGAACAUCGACGGCCACCUCAAGAUCAAGAUGCCGGAGGAAUUCGGCGGUCAAGCUCUCGCGUUGAAUUUGAUGGCGAAGAACUCGAUGUUCAACGUCGACGCAGGAGUCUCGAUGGACGGAGGUCGUCAUCAAAUGUCCGGGCAGCUCGCUGCCUCGUGGGAUCGAGAUUUCACACUGAACGGCAUGCUCAGGAGGAACGGUGACAACAUCGCCAAGGCUAUCCUGAAGGCUUCCUGGAGACGUCCUGAAGCCUACGAGGGCUCGGCCGAGAUCAUGCACAACGGCGUUUCCUACAAAGCCAACAUCGACGGAUCCUGGACUCCUGAGAGUGGUGACAUUUCGCUUGGGGCGGAAUCCUCUCAAUGGAGCCGCAGACACACUCUCCGCGGCGGCUACUCGAUGGCUUCGAAGAGCGGAAACAUGAAAAUCGACAUCGCCAACCUAAAGAUGAACAUCGACUCGAUGAUGUCCGGCCCCUACACGGUCCGAGGAAACGCUCAGUACCGCGGCGAGCAGGUCGGAGAGAUGGAUCUCGUCUUCAAUCCGAACUCGAAACAAGGCAAUCUGGACGCCACCGUGCGAGGUCGCCGCGUGUCUUCGAACUUCAUCGCCAAGCUCGACCAGGGCCAAAUCAAAAUGGAAUUCCCCUCCGGAUCCAGCGGUCUCACGUGGAGCCUCAACCAGGCGGAGCGAAUGUCCAUCGACGGUCAUUGGACUUUCCGGGACGAUAAGUGGCGUCUCGAAAUUUUCCUGGACCCUCACAACGCCCGUGAGGCUGCGGCUCUCGUGUACUUCAAGGAGAAACGGGUUGGAGCCAUUGAGGCUCUCUGGAGACCGAACGACAUGGUUUUCAACAUCGCGUUCGAACACCAGAACGAGCAGCAUGCUUUCAAGAUCGGUUUCAAGAAACCCGAAAACUCUUUCCGUGGAUUCUUCAACUUGAACUGUUUCUGGAUCCAUCCCGAACGGAUCGAGUCCGAGCUCAACGCGGAAUACGGAGGAUCGAAGCUCGCUGUCAAUAGCAAACUCCAAGUCGGAUCGCGAGUCUACUCUGUCGCGAUCGACGGCAACAUCCAGGGAGAACGCAUCAACGGCUCGAUCCAGUACACCUGUCCCACCCACGGAAAGAUGAGCGCCCAGUUCGAAGGGGCACUCGUCCGGAAGGGACUCUACAACGGAUUCAAGGCCAAGCUCGUCUCGGACAAGCUCCAGAAACCGCUCGAGAUCGAAGGCUUCGUCGCAGAAAACGGAGUGAUGUUCGCGCUCAAAACCGAGGGACACGACUCGAGAUUCACCGUCUACAUGGGAAACAAACCGAAUUUCGAGCUCACCGAGAAGGCGGGCUCUCAAUCCGAGACCAGGCAGCAGUCGACCGGAAACGCUCCCCCGACCUACGGAGUCGAGGCUGAGUGGUUCGGAAAGAAAGUUCUCGCGCUCAAGUUGACCGGAAAGAACGAGCACAUGCUCAGCGGUGUCUUCGCAGGGAACUUCGAUUUCGGCGAGAGCUCCGGCAAGCACGAAAUGAUCGUCACCUACAGUCUCGAGAACGUUCGCUCGUUCAAGGUCGAGUUCGACGGAGAGACGAUCCUCGAAGCCAGAAUCCAGACGGGGAAUGAUCAUCUCGUCGAUCUCAAGUGGAACAUGAAAUUCGCCCGGGCCGGAGACCUCGCCCUCAGCUUCAAACACCAACUCGACAGGCAGACAUGGACUAACAAGCUCGAGCUCUCCCAGAACGGCAAGAAACUCGGCUUCGCAAUGCGUCUCAACAAGGACAUCCACGGCUCUAUGCUCCGCGUCGACACUCCCCGCCGAAGCGUGAUGAUGGAGUUGGACAGCAAGAAGCCCUCAGCCGACGGAAGCUUCGCCGGACGUCUCGCCUGGGACCACGACCGCGACCCCCAGAAAGUCAUCGAAGUGAUGCUGUCAGGUGAAAGCAAUAACAAGGGACAAGGAGCUCGCAGAGAGCGACUUCUCAUCGUGUCGGUUCCUACUAUCGGGGAGAAGAUGAUCGUCCGCCUCAAUGAGACCGAUGGAGAACAUCAAAUCCAGAUGCUCGACGAGAAAAACUCAAUGCACUCCCCACGGAUGAGCCUCGUUUAUUCGAAACAAGGAAAGCUCAAGAUGGUACUCGGAAACCUUAUGAUGCAAGCCGAGAUGUCCCCGAAAAAAUCCGAGCUCAUCCUCAGACGUGCCUCGAGCCACGAGGACGACAUCAACAUCGGCUAUGCCAUUCAGCGCAACACUCUGUCUGCCCGUCUCAACUGGACUCCGCGACUCAUGGCCGACUACGAAUCUGCGGCCAAGAACAUGCUGAAGGAGCUCCAGAAGAACCCCGACAACAAGCAGAACAGACAAUGGAAGAAGAUUUCCGAAUUCGUCGCUUCCGAAUCCCGGGCUUUCAGUGAAGAUAUCAAACCCAUGAUCACUGACCUGAAGAGGCUCUAUGAGCAGAACGCCUUGCAUUUGAAAACCGUCUCCGAAUCGAUGGUUCGCGCGGGUGAACACGUUUCCAGUUAUGCGAGAUCUGUUUCCGACCAAACAGACGAGAUCAUCCGAGAUUUGAAGCGUACCGUGGCACGUUACAACCAGCGUCUCGUCGUCGCCUCGUCGGUGAUCGAAGCCAUCCGACAGGAAAUCGUCGAGGAUAUCGUGCUCGCUAUCGAACGCUGGUUCAACCGGGUCGAGAAAUCGAUCUCCAAUGAGAACAUGCGGAAGCUUGUGCACAGUGUCAUCGAAUUCCUGAAGGAAGAGUACGAAGUCAUUGUCGGAGCGCUCGACUACGCCGUCGACAAGUACAUCUGCGAGUUUUCGAGCGAAGAAAGUCAGCUCAACAACAAGCGAUGCGGCUUCGCCUACGAACUCAAUUCUCAGAACCAGCAGCAAGGGUUGGCGAUGCGGGUGCCCAUGUUGGCGAUGAAGUCAUAAAGAUUACGAUUUUAGUUCUAUGUUUAUUUUGUGUUAAUAAAUGUUUUUGAUUGACUUCUUCCUA